UACCACUCCCCUAACUCACACGCACAGCCAUCGAAGGGAGCUUGCUGUGACUGCUCUGAAGUGAAACUAAGCUCAGCCAGGAGAGACGCCAUGGCGAUUGCCGGAGACCUGAGGGUUUUCGCCGCAUUAAACACCCUUCCUAAGAGCCCUUCUAGUCCAACCUUCGUUUUUUCUUCUCCGACUUCGUUCUCCACGAAGAUGCUGUUCAAUGCUGAUUCAGUAAAUUUAUCUUACAAUUUUGUGAACAAGAACAAAAGCCAGCACAUGUUAUCUUUUGAUAAUAACAGACCACAGAAACACCUCUGCUAUGGAAUAAAAUCAGAAACACCUUCAGCAACCAUGAAUCAGGAUGCCGAUCUUUUUCUUCUUAAUGCUGUCAGGAUGAGCUUCCUCGAGCGCCUCGCCCUCGCAUGGAAGAUUUUAUUCCCCACAACUACUGAUCGGAGAAAUUCAAAUGCCAAAAUUGCAAAACAGAGACUCAAGAUGAUUCUCUUUGCAGACAGAUGUGCGGUUAGCGAGGAAGCAAAGCAGAAGAUCGUGAGCAGUAUUAUUAAAGCUUUGUCGGAUUUUGUGGAGAUCGAGUCGCAGGAUAAAGUUCAGCUCAGCGUUUCAACGGAUAUAGAUCUCGGCACAAUGUAUUCUGUCACGGUGCCAGUGAGGCGUGUGAAACCAGGUUACCAACAGUCGGAUGAAGAGUACUCGGGAAUAACCGGGAUAGAGUUCAAGGAUAAAGGUGAAACAUCUGGAUGUGUUGAUGUCAAGUUCGAUUUUUAUGUUCCUGGCAACAAAAUGCGGCGAGUCCCGUAAUAGGUUUUUUCAAAUUUUAAUUUGGGGCAUAUUUAUAUACGUAGCACACAAUUCUUAUGCAUUUACAUGUCU